UCAAUCGUGAGAAGAUAUCUGCAGACAUCUAACCAAACCGAGACGCCGAAGAUUGGUAACGUGUUUAGAGAACCCAAUUAACAAAAGAAAUGAAGGCCCACAAAACGAUAAAAUCCGGUAUCUGGACUAAUAGCCAUGGAAGAAUUGCUCUAUCUAGCUGUCUACCAAAAACAAAAUCAUCACCUUCAUCAAGAAUUGUGUCAAAAACUCAAUCGAUCUCUAAUGUAAGUCACGUGCCUUUAGUAACUAAUAAUCCCCAAACAGGACUACGUAUAGGCGCGGUAAUAAGUCGCGGCAAUCUUAUGACAAUAACGCCACGGCAAGCGUCAGCUACGCAAGUAAUUGCUCAAUCGGGUGCAAAUAGCGCAAUAACAUCUAAUACUACGAACUCUACUGGAAGUCAGCAAACUGAUAAUAAUGCAAGUGGUCUGCUUCCGCCAACAAUUUCUUCGGUUUUACAUACUCCAGAAACAACUCCAACGGAAGUUUUAAGUAAAACGGUUGAAAAGACCUCCUGUACACAAGUCAAAUCGUCACCGCUGGCUAAUGAAGAUGAUGCGUUUGUCGCAGUUCAACCCAAACAUGAAAUUGAUGACGAUGCCUUACCUGCUUUGCCUGACACACAGACUUUAAUGGCACGCGCACAUAGUAUCACAGCGGCAGCAGUUAGUGCUAUGAAUUCUUCGUUUACUGGUAUUAACGGCCAACAACCCGCAAAUAUUCGUUUACUAAAUACCAGUGAAACGGAAUCAUAUCAAAAUAGUUUUGUGCCCUCAUUCGGCGUCACACCGCCCCUUUUGGAUGCAAAAGGGACACGGUUGUACUCAUUUUUACAUCCAGUUAAAUAUAAUCGUAAUCACGGAAGUGUUUUGUUAGACUAUUGCUGUCCUUAUUUGGACGGAAAUAUGCCGGCUAUAGACCCGGCUAGAAUGCAUACUCAGAUACAUACACCUAUCAGAGAGAUACCUGCGUAUAUAGUGCUAACCACUAAAGUGAUAACACGAGCUGAAUUGGAAAGCAAUUGCAGCACCGUACCCGACGUUGUAAGACAAAAAGCUGAGAAGCUGAGAAACUCGGCAUUGAUAGGUAGCAACCAACAAACUGGGUUUACCAACACAACAACGCUUUCAGCGACAACUUCGACGCUCACUGCCAACGCGAUACUAUCGCCAGCUGUUAAUACUCCGGCAUCGACGAGUUCUACGCUUUCAGCCAAUGCAAUACUUUCACCCACUAUUAACGCUUUGGCACGACAUUUGCCACGCACUACAACCAUAACACCAAAAAUACGUGCAGCGAUUACUUCACAGGAAUCGAAUCUUUUGCACGGAUCAUCAUCUGUUACCUGUACAGUGCCGUCCGUCGCUCAACAACAAAAAGAACAACAGCAAGAUAGCGAUCCCCAUCAUUCAAUGAACCUUUCUAAUUUUAAGCGCUUAGAUGCUUUAAUAAAAAAGUUCGUAAAACCUUUCGAUCAGUUGACAAUUGCCGAUCGCCACCGAGUAAUUGAAUCGCUUUUGACGACUUGCAAAUUCCAGUCUAAAGAUUUAGAAAAUACGAUUAUAUUGAUCGAAGAAUAUUUCAAACAAAUACUACAUCUGAAUAGUGUGUCUUCGUCUAUUUCUACGGUGCCGUCAAAUACAAUUGUUCAAACUAAUGCAACCGAUUUAGUUUUAACUAACGCCUCAUCACCUCUUCAGGAUGUUAGUGAUUCAUCGUUGGCUACAACAACGGGAACAAAACAAAAGUCUUUAAAUUAUGAAAUUCCACGAAAAAGCAUACAAUUUCACGAUGGAGUUCCAAUUUACGACACCGAAAAAAAUAUAAUCGGUUAUCAGUUGCAGACCGUGCCGCCACCUGUAGCAAGUAUGCCAGCCUAUACAAAAUCUACCAUGUCAACGCGAGCGGGUAAUAUAAUGUCGACGGGUAACGUUCCCUCUAGCACUUUCCCGAACACUUCCACCGGUCGCAGUCCGCAUUCUAAUAGAACAGGUAGCCUCACUCAAAAGCGACCGUCGAAAUCUUUAAAAAGGCCGUCGCAAGAAUCAUUGCCUAUGUUUUAUGCGACGCCGCCACGUCGGGCUUCAACUCCAAUUACAAAGGCAGCAAAAAUGAUAGCAACAGCAACAAUUGGGAAGACACCUACCACGACAACAAUAACUGGUGGCGUUAGAAAGUUUCCCAGCUCGUCUAAUACAGGAAUUACCCUUACUAGCAGUAUUCUACCAAUGCCAUCCUCAGAAACCGUUAACAUUAUUGCGAAGGCAACCGUAUCACGGAUAACACGUAAAUCUACCGCAACAUCUAAAAUUACUGUGUUAUCGAAAACUCGCAAUAGUGAUGAGUCAGAGUUCAUAUCACUCGGUGACAAUCAUCGAACGCUUGUGAAACAUGAAGAAAAUGUCGAGGAUUUAGCUGAUUUAUAAACCUUCUCAAUGGCCUGGUCUUCAUAUUCUUUUCUGUCGUUUUACUUGCAAUCUUUGUAUUUUUAGUUUUUAUCCAUUUGAAAUCUUUCACCAUUUUAAUUUUUUUUUUAUUUUAAAAAAAGAAAGUAUAUUCAUUUCUUUUAUUGUACAUACUUAUGUAUAGACGCAGAACCGUAUGAUGUAUACAAAUAUACACAUAUAAUAUUAAUUGAACUUUUGUUAAAUAAAAAAAAUGGAAUUUGAAUUUAAAAACA